AUGCUGGUAAAUUUGAAGGUAAAUCUAAUAUUUCUAAUAAACCCAGGCUAUAUACAGAAGCUGCUAAUACGUGGUAUACGCUCCUUUGACGAUAAAUCAAACGAAGUUAUCCAGUUUGAUAAGCCAAUCACAAUCAUUUCUGGGCAUAAUGGGAGUGGGAAGACUACAAUUAUUGAAUGCUUGAAAUACUCCACUACCGGUUAUCUCCCUCCGAAUUCAAAAGGCGGCGCUUUCAUCCACGAUCCAAAGCUGGCCAAUGAAACUCAAGUAAAAGCCCAAGUAAAGCUAAGAUUCACAUCGACAUCCAAACAGACACUCACUGUUACCCGAAAUCUACAAGCAACCCAAUCCAGAUCAAACACACUCUCCUCAAAGACCCUCGAAGCUACUCUACAAUCCAUCGACACAAAGACCAACAAGAGGAACGCCAUUUCUUCCAAGUGCGCUGCUAUCGAUAACGAUCUCCCUCUCUUCAUCGGCGCUUCAAAAGCUGUUCUCGAUAACGUCAUCUUUUGCCAUCAAGAAGACUCCAAUUGGCCUUUGUCUGAACCUUCCGUUUUGAAAAAAAAAUUUGACGACAUUUUCGAGGCAACGAGGUUUACAAAGGCUUUAGAUAGCAUAAAGGUUCUUAGAAAAGACAGAAACAUCGAUCUUAAACUUCAAUCUGAGAAACUUAAAUCGCUCUCCUCAGAUAAAGAUAGGGCUUCCAAAUUACGUCAUCAACUCAAUUCCCUCACAAAUGACAUUCACCAUAAACAACUCCUUUUUGAUGAAUUGGCCAUUGAAAUAGACACCCUCUCUCAUGCUAACAGCGAACUCUACCAAUCUGCUUCCAAGUUGACUGAAAUUUUUCAGAAGGUUGAAACUCUUGAACAACGUGAAACUCUCAUCCAAGACAACCUAAACUCUCUCUCCCUCUCCAUCUCCAUUCUCAACGACUCUGAUCAAGAUUUGCAUAUCCGCCAAACAAACUUUCAGUCUCACCUCGAUGAGCAGUUGAGAUUGAAAGACAGCGAGUCAGUCCUGUAUCAUUCACAGCUAGAAUCAUCAUCCCUCAUCAACCGCCGCCUUCAAUCUCUCCUAACCACAAGAGGUCAACUCGAAGCCGAGGCCACCAAAUACGACGACGAGUUGCGCAAGAGGUUUGACCUCAUUGGUGAUGUCGCCCGCGAGUUGAACAUGCGCAUCGAAAUGGACUCGUACGAUAACCAAGAUGCUGCCAUCGCCUUCCUCGAUAGCCUCAAAGGUCGUGUUAAAAUGCACCUCCAAGAGGUCACGAAAGUGCGCAACGACGGCACUCUCAAACAACGUGAAUUCGAGCAGCAAGUGCAGAGUAUCGCAGCCCAACUAGUUGCAAAGCAACAAGCUAAAAUUAGUAUCCGACAGCAGAUUGAUCAGCAUAACCUGAAGCGCUGUCGUACUCAGUCUCAAAUCGAUGAUCUUAGCACCACAUAUAACAAAAUUGAAGGCAUGAAGAGCGAUGUCGAUCAAUCCUAUCGUCAGCUUCAAGCCAUCAAUGAUGAUGUUGUAUCUUUGCGCUACGACGACAAGAUUUCCGAUAUGACAGCGACGAUACGCUCCCUCGAAGAGCGCAAGGAUGAACGUAAUGGGGAGAUGGCUACACUCAACCAGCAAUCUGACACGCGUGCACGCCUUGCUAUCAAAAAGUCUGAUCUUGAGCGCAAGCAGAGUACAGUACAGUCAAGCGUCGCUAACAAGCAGGCGCUAAUAGAUGUUUAUUUCACAGAUAGCGAUCCAGAGACACUUGAGAUAUCCGUUGGUCGCUUGUAUCGCGAGCGCGAGGGUGAUUUUGAACGCGAGCAGAGUGAAUACAAGUCUCUUACCAAGCAGUUCAACCAGCUCGAGACGAUACUCGGCGGUGAGAGGCAGCGUGAAAAGGGAAAGAAGGCAGAGAUAGCGCAUGUGGAGAAACGCAUAGAUGAGGCAUUGAAAUCGUCCCAGACUGACGCUGCUACGCUCGAAGAAGCAACGCGCGUCGCAGAGGAAGAGAAGAACGGUUGUAUGGCUGAGAUACACGAAAGUAGUGGUACUGGGGAUUUUCUGCGCAAGGCUCUCGAAAUUGCACGCGCCAAACACAAAUGUCGUUGUUGCAAUAGGAGCAUUAGCGAUGGUGACGAGAUGGGCAAAUUUGAAUCGUAUGUAAACAGCCGUCUCGACAAACUCAAUCCGGCCCAUCUGGAUGAGGUGGAGAAUGACAUGAAGGAGUGGUCGCGCAUACACGAGGGGUUAAAAAUUCUUAAGCCAGUAGCGAGCAAUCUCGAUCGCAUGUGCAGUGUUGAGCUGCCUUCACUCACUACGUCAAUCGGCGAGCUCGAAGCGAAGCACUCGAUACUGGAGAGAGAUGUUAAUAGAGCAGAUUCAGGUCUCGACGCGGGUAAGAAAGCUCUUGGUGAGCUUGAGCAGCUCAAGAUGCUAGCUGGAGACGUAUCGCGUGUGCUGCGCGAGAUAAAAGACCUUGAGCGGGAGAUCAGUUCGCUCGAACGCGAACUCAAACUCACCUCCAACUCCUCCCUCACCCUUGAAGAAGUACAGCGGGAGCUGGGCGAUAUAUCCGCGCGCAUUCGCAGCACGGCUGAUGAACUUACAGUGGCUCAGCAUGCCAAGGCGAAGAAAAUGCAGGAGCUAUCGCAUGCUCAGGAGUGCCAUCACGAGAAACAGUUAUCACUAGAGCAGUCUCGUAACGCAGCUCGGGAGCUAGAAGCUGCCAAGGGUGGACUAACUGAGAUAGAUCUGGAGAUACGGCAGCUGAGUGACCAAUCGCGCAUGCUUGAUCCAGAGAUAGACGCUUUGUCUGGUCCACGAGAUGUACUAGAGCGGGAGAAGUGUGAGCACAGUGAGCAAGUUGAGCGUGCUGAGGAGACUGCCCGCUCCAAACUCCACAAAGUAGAGGGAUACGUGCAGCAGCUUCUCUCUGCCAACCGCACCAUUGCGGGGUACGUAUCCAGCGACGUGCUCACGAAACUGGCUGAAACACUCGAGCGCAUCGCCGCUCUCGAAGCUGAAGAGGCGGAGUCGCGCACACACGCUCAACGUCUCCACGAGAACAUUCGCUCAUACGAACAGACGGCCGCGAGCGCGAAAGAGGCAGAGCGGAACUUAAGCGAUAAUAUCCGACAUCGCAAACUCGCUAGAGAACUCGACGAGUUGCGCGAUCAGAUUAACUCGUACGAUCUCGAGGAAACGACGCGCGCUAAAAGAGAAUUCGAUGAGAUGUACGAUGAUAGUCGCGCAAAGGAGGCAGAUAAACAGGCCCAGCAUUAUGCUCUCGGUGGAGAGCUCCUCAGCGAGAAGAAGAGAAUCGAUGGGUUGACAAGUGACCUCGAUAGUGAGUACAAGGAUAUCGACUAUAUACACCAUCGUCAGCAUGUUGCCGUCACCGCUUCUUCACUCGCGAACGACGAUCUGGAGAAAUAUGCCAAAGCACUCGAGGGCGCUAUUCUCCAGUUCCACGGUCUAAAGAUGGACGAAAUCAACGAACAGAUACACCACCUCUGGCAGCGCACAUACCAGGGCACCGACAUCGACACGAUAGCUAUCCGAUCCGAUGCAGAAGGCGCACGUGGAGGCAAAUCGUACAACUACCGCGUCGUCAUGGCGAAAGAUCGCACCGAGAUGGAUAUGCGCGGUAGGUGCUCAGCUGGACAGAAGGUGCUAGCGUCGAUUAUAAUUCGCUUGGCAUUGGCAGACAGCUUCGGGGAUAAGUGUGGCAUCCUCGCCCUAGAUGAACCUACAACCAACCUCGACCAGGAAAAUAUUCAGUCGCUCGCUAGUGGCUUGGCAGAGUUGAUACACGAACGCAAGCAGCUUGAUGUGAAUUUUCAACUCAUACUCAUUACGCAUGACGAGGAUUUCUUGAAGUAUCUCAGUCAGUAUAAUGUCACUAACUUCUUUUGGCAUGUCGGCAGAGAUGAGAAUCAGUGCUCUAUUAUACAGAGACAGACUAUCAUCGGUGCAUAG